AUGCCGCUCAGCAAGGCUCCGUCCUUCUCCAUCACUGUGUGUUUUGCCUGUUGUUGUAUUUCUGUCUGCCUCUCUCGACCUCUGCCUGUCUCCUCCUCUCUGAGCCUCUCCUCACUGUCCCUUCGGCCUGAAUCACAGCCCCUGGUCUUUCUGCCCUGGGGCGUUCGUCUUGGUUGCUCUUCUCUUUUUGCCCCUGACAGCAUCCCUCUCCCAGUGUCUGCCCUCUACUUCCAGAGGCUUAGCUCCUCAGGAUCCCCACUAACUCUCACUGAGAUGACCCCACAGGCUCUGAUGGGGCUCUGCGGUGUCGUGCUCUGGAGCCUCUCAGUCGCGACGAGCAGGGCGCUGGUGCUGGGACUGCUGGCUUUGCUGUGGCCCCCGGGGCGGGGCGAGGCGUGCAGCUGCCUCCCAACGCACCCGCAGCAGCAUUUCUGCCGCUCGGCGGUUGUGAUUCGGGCCAAAGUCACCAGUGAGAAGAUAGUGACUGCUAAUGAAGACCCUGCUAACCCUAACAAAUUGCUCCGGUAUGAACUCAAACGGAUGAAGAUGUUUAAAGGGGUUGAGAAAGUCAAGGAGGUUCGCUAUGUCUACACCUCUGUGAACACUUCUCUCUGUGGAACUAGAAUAGCAGUCAACAGUAAGAGGCAGUACUUUAUAACUGGUAAUGUUCUCAAUGAUGGAAAAAUCUUCAUCAAUAUGUGUAACUAUAUCCAGCCUUGGGAAAACGUGUCCAUGGCGCAGAGACAGAGUCUGAAUCACCACUACCUUUUCAACUGUGACUGCGAAGUGAGGGGGGUCCAUUUCUAAGACGAUCUGGGUGUCUCUGGACAGACUGGCUGUUGGAACGGAAGCUCUAUGGGAACCAGGCCCACCAUUUUUUCUGCAAGAAGAAUGAGGAUGGCACCUGCAAAUGGCAGCUGGUACAACACCACCCCAAUAGGGAGGAGUUUGUUGACGUCAUCGAGCCUUAGUAAAGACCAGUGA